AAAGAUUACGAGUUUAAAUUUUAUUAUUUUUUAUUUUGUAAACAAGACACAUUUGAUAUUUACUUAUAUAAUAGUGUGUGUAUAUAUAUAUAUAUAUAUGAAGAAAUUUUUGUAUAAAUAAGAUUAACUAAGCCAUUUAAAAAUGUUGAUGAUUCAAAUGCAAAAAAAAAAAAAAAAAAAAAAAACAUACAUUUAGCCAUUCAAAGAUGAAGGAAAAUUGUCAAUAAAAAAUUGAGUAAGCUCAGCCUCAGCGGCGCCGACCUCCCAAUCUCCCAUGUCCACCCCUUAAUCUCUCGUCCUCGUAGAUAUCGACGCGUUUGAAUCCGCAAAAGUUCCUUCCUUUUUCAGGUAUCCUUCACAUAGAUUUGAAAACCAUAUUUUCUUUGGCUUUUUUCAGGCAUCUCAUCUGCCUCGCUGUCUCCAUCUGAUCAUCUGAAAAAGUUGCUUAUAGCCGUUAACGCUCCUUCCUCUGUCCCCAACAACAACAAAAAAAACAAUUUUGGAUACUUAGUUGCCAAUGAAUGAACUCAUGAAAUUCUUCCUGGUUUCUCCAUAAUUUUCAUUCCUACUUUCUCCUGUAAAUCAUCAUCAUAUUAUAGAAUCGAUCACCAUUCUGCAGACCAACGAUCCAGUUUUCCAGCUUCUGUAACUUCUUCCAUUUAAGUCAAGCAUCCUCUCUCCUUCAAUCCCUUUUCCUCCAUCACUCUCUUCUCCCCUUUUCCUUUUCCGAUUUCGUUUUAUUAUCGUUUUUUUCCACUCUCAGAUUCAUUAAUUGCAAACUCGUUCGCCCGCCACCGCCACCGCCAUCGCCAUCGCCACCACAUUUUUCUCUCCACGAUCUCAGCAUUUUCCGGGAAAAGUAAUCCCCCAGGUUUCGCUCGCUUUAUACCCACCUCACAAGAACCGUUCCCGAUCAAAACUACACGCUACACUACGACUACCCACAUCCCACAAUCAACAGAAACCCGAUCUUUAAUUUAAGAGUAUUUUUCUCCGGCGAGGGCUCGGCCGGAAAGCGAUGAAGCUGCGGAUUUGGGUAUUGCUAUGUUUAAUAUAUGUGGAGGCUGAGGGGCUUGGAGUGAACUGGGGCACGAUGGCGACCCACAAGCUGCCGCCGGCGGUGGUGGUUCAGCUAUUGAAGGAUAACGGGAUUCAGAAGGUGAAGCUGUUUGAUGCCGACGAAUCCACCAUGAAGGCUCUCGCCGGUUCCGGCAUUGAAGUCAUGGUGGCCAUUCCCAAUGAUCAGCUCGCCGCCAUGGGAGACUACGAUCGAGCUAAGCAGUGGGUCAAACGCAAUGUCACCCGUUAUAACUUCGAUGGAGGCGUUAAUGUCAAGUAUGUAGCAGUUGGGAAUGAACCUUUCCUCAAAUCAUACAACAACUCAUUCUUGAAUGUCACAUUUCCAGCUCUUGAGAACAUCCAAAACGCCCUCGGUGAAGCCGGGGUCGGAGACUCCAUAAAAGCCACCGUGCCCUUAAAUGCUGACGUCUACGAAUCGCCACAGAACAAUCCGGUCCCUUCGGCCGGGAGGUUCAGGUCAGAUAUCAGUGGACAACUGACAAAGAUUGUCCAGUUCCUACACCAGAACAAUGCACCCUUUACUGUCAAUAUCUACCCUUUCCUGAGCCUCUAUGGCAACGACAACUUCCCGGUUGACUAUGCUUUCUUCGAUGGAGUUAGCAGCCCCAUUGUUGACAAUGAGAUUCAAUACACCAAUGUCUUUGACGCCAACUUUGACACCUUGGUGUCGGCUCUGAAAGCAGCCGGUUUUGGGGACACGACGAUCUUGGUUGGGGAGGUGGGGUGGCCUACUGAAGGUGACAAGAAUGCUAAUACAAACUCAGCUUACAGAUUCUACAAUGGCCUUUUGCCAAGGCUUGCAGCCAACAAGGGCACCCCUCUUCGGCCUGGCUACAUUGAGGUUUACUUGUUUGGACUAAUCGAUGAGGAUGCCAAGAGCAUUGCUCCCGGGAACUUUGAGCGCCACUGGGGAAUAUUUAGGUACGAUGGGCAGCCAAAGUACGCGAUUGAUCUCUCGGGGCAAGGCCAAAGCAAGUACCCAGUGCCUGCACAGAAUGUGAAAUACCUGUCCACGAAAUGGUGCGCCUUCAACCCCAGCGCCAAGGAUCUGACCAAACUCGCCGAUAAUAUCAACUAUGCUUGUACGUUCGGGGAUUGUACAGCUCUUGGCUAUGGAUCUUCUUGCAAUGGACUGGAUCCCAAUGGAAAUGCUUCCUAUGCAUUCAACAUGUACUUCCAGGUACAGAACCAAGAUGAGUUGAGCUGUGAUUUCCAAGGUCUUGCCACGGUGACUACACAGAACAUAUCUCAAGCAAAUUGCAAUUUCACCAUUCAGAUAGCUCGGCUUUCUUCUUCUCCUCCUCCUCCUACUCUGGCUUUGGCAGGUCUUGUGCUACUUUCGGCGGUUGUAUUUGUUUUUGUAGACUGAUGCCUCGGCAUGCUUUUCUUUGUAUUUUUUUUUUUGGUUAGGUUAUUGUUUGUUUAGUAGAUUAGUAGACCAUUGGGAUAGUUUUUGCACCGGAGAUUCAUUCAAUAAAAACUACAGGGAAUUAUAUUAGCUCGC